CUCUCUUGCACAGCCUAAAAUGACUAAUGUGUGAGUGCAGUGGAAUAAAUGGCGUCCAAAGUCACAGAUGCUAUAGUCUGGUAUCAAAAGAAGAUUGGAGCAUAUGAUCAACAAAUAUGGGAAAAAUCUGUUGAACAAAGAGAAAUCAAGGGAUUAAGGAAUAAACCAAAGAAAACAGCACAUGUGAAACCAGACCUCAUAGAUGUUGAUCUUGUAAGAGGUUCUGCAUUUGCUAAGGCAAAGCCUGAAAGCCCCUGGACUUCUCUGACUCGAAAAGGAAUUGUGCGAGUUGUCUUUUUCCCCUUUUUCUUCCGAUGGUGGUUACAAGUUACAUCAAAGGUCAUCUUUUUCUGGCUGCUUGUCCUUUAUCUUCUUCAAGUUGCAGCCAUAGUAUUAUUCUAUUCCGCUUCCAGCCCACAUAGCAUACCUCUGACGGAAGUGAUUGGGCCGAUAUGGCUGAUGCUGCUCCUGGGAACUGUGCAUUGCCAAAUUGUUUCGACAAGAACACCCAAACCCCCGCUAAGUGCAGGGGGUAAGAGGAGAAGGAAAUUAAGAAAAGCAGCGCAUUUGGAAGUACAUAGGGAAGGAGAUGGUUCUAGUACCACAGAUAACACACAGGAAGGACCAGUUCCGAGCCAUGGGACAAGCACCUCUUACAGUGUUGGCGCUGUCUUCAGAGAUCUCUGGCAUGCUGCUUUCUUUUUAUCAGGAUCAAAGAAAAUAAAGAAUUCAAUUGAUAAAUCAACUGAGACUGACAAUGGCUAUGUCUCCCUGGAUGGGAAAAAGACCGUUAAAAGCAAUGAAGAUGGAAUCCAAAACCAUGAAACCCGGUGUGAAACCAUUCGCUCAGAAGAGGCAUCCUGGAGCACAGGAACACUGAGGAACAUUCCCACCAAAGAUGCCCAAAGGACAAUCGCUAAUGUCUCGGAUGAAGUCUCCAGUGAGGAAGGGCCCGAAACAGGAUACCCAUUACGACGUCGCAUGGACAGGACUUCUGAAAGCAUUCUUCGAAAUAGAAAGUCACACCAUUAUAAGAAACAUUACCCUAAUGAGGAUGCCCCUAAAUCGGGUACUAGUUGCAGCUCUCGCUGUUCAAGUUCCAGACAGGAUUCUGAGAGCACAAGGCCCGAAUCUGAAACAGAAGAUGUGUUAUGGGAAGACUUGUUACAUUGUGCAGAAUGCCGUUCGUCUUGCACCAGUGAGACUGAUGUGGAAAAUCCUCAGAUUAAUCCCUAUGUGAAAAAAGAAUAUAGAGAUGACCCUUUUCAUCAGAGUCACUUGCCUUGGCUCCAUAGCUCCCACCCGGGAUUAGAGAAGAUCAGUGCGAUCGUGUGGGAAGGCAACGACUGUAAGAAAGCAGACAUGUCUGUACUUGAAAUCAGUGGGAUGAUAAUGAACAGAGUCAACAGCCAUAUCCCAGGAAUAGGAUAUCAGAUUUUUGGGAAUGCAAUCUCUCUAAUCCUGGGCCUAACUCCAUUUGUUUUCCGGCUCUCCCAAGCUACAGACUUGGAACAACUCACAACACAUUCUGCUUCCGAACUUUACGUGAUUGCAUUUGGUUCCAAAGAAGAUGUCAUCGUUCUUUCUAUGGUCGUGAUCAGUUUUGUGGUUCGUGUGUCUCUUGUUUGGAUCUUCUUUUUUUUGCUCUGUGUAGCAGAAAGAACUUACAAACAGCGAUUACUUUUUGCAAAACUCUUUGGACAUUUAACAUCUGCAAGGAGAGCUCGAAAAUCUGAAGUUCCUCAUUUCCGGUUGAAGAAAGUACAGAAUAUAAAAAUGUGGCUAUCUCUCCGUUCCUAUCUUAAGCGGCGAGGUCCUCAGCGAUCAGUUGAUGUAAUAGUUUCAUCUGCUUUCUUGUUGACUAUCUCAGUUGUAUUUAUCUGUUGUGCCCAGAUAAACCUCUAUUUAAAAAUGGAGAAGAAACCUAACAAGAAAGAGGAACUGACACUAGUUAAUAAUGUUCUGAAACUGGCUACGAAGCUCCUGAAGGAAUUGGACAGUCCCUUUAGGUUAUAUGGGCUUACGAUGAACCCACUGCUUUAUAACAUUACCCAGGUGGUCAUCUUGUCUGCUGUUUCUGGUGUUAUCAGUGACUUGCUUGGAUUCAAUUUAAAACUGUGGAAGAUUAAAUCAUGACAAUUCAGAGAACAAAUGUAGCUACUUUUCAGGAAUAAGAGCACCGACUAAGCUGCCCGAGAGCUCACUGACUCUUCUGAAAUCUCAGCUGGGAAAUUGAAGUGUUUACAUCAGACUGUCUUGUGCAAUUCUUAUAUUUAUUUUACCUGUUCACUGUUUUUUUAACAUUUAUUUUAGUCUUUAUAUUUUAUUUUUAAGCAUUGAUGUGUACUUUAUUGUUGAAAGGGUGAUAAAAAUGAUAUCCAGAUACUUGAGAUCCUGGUAAUUGCUCAUAAAUAAUUGACAAAAUUACAAAUCCUGAAAACAGAAGCCAUUGCUGAGCACUGUUUCUCCAUCAAUGCCAUGAACUUGCCUUACUUGAGGAAAAAUUCUUUCACUUUGGAAUAAUGAAUUGGACACAGUUCAGCAAAUACAACAUUUUCUUCAGUUAAUCAAGAUCCAGUCAGGGUCUUGCUUGAAUUAUUUGGAACAAUGCCAGGAUCUAUAUUGAUUAAGCUGCAGUUUAAGCACCCUUCAGUAUUAAUAUAUAUGGUGUUACAUAACAGGUCAACAAGUGCUCUUUGAUGAUAAAACUCUUAAUAGAGCAAUAAUUGUAAAUGGUUACCAUACUGUAAGAUUUUUUGAUAAAAAUGAACUAGUAAUAAUUGUAUUUAUUUGAAACACUGGGCUGUUUGCACAGCUCCACCUGUGCAUGCUCAAAAUGUGCACUUUUUAAAGUUACUCCUUUUCACGUACAUCUUUAUAUGGGAUAUGUUAUCGUGUACUAGGGCAUGAAAUGGUAUCCUUUUGAGUGAGGUAUAUACUCAUCUCACAAGUGAAGUGCCUAUUAAUAUUAAAAUACAUUAUGUUUACUCAAGUAAAAGAAUUCUCUCCCCAUGGUACACUAUCGUUGUAUGCAAGUCAUACCAUACGAAUGAACACCUUAACAAUAAAGGUAAGAACAAGAAAAUAUUCCUCUAAUUGCUAGUUUUAAAACCGUUCCCAAAAUUUCCAAAAAAAGAACACUUCAGCUUAUAAAUUUGUUCUUUUACAUUUAACCCGGUGAAUCUUCCCCUCCACCCUCCCAUUUAUAUAAGGGCUAUUUUAGAUACUUUUAACCUAGAAAAUAAACCCCCUCCUAUUUGCCAAGUGUGUAAAUGAGUAUCAUGUUGGCAUGUUAGAUAAUUAGGGCAAAUAUGACAAUAUCUUAAAUUGGCCCUUGAUUAUAAGUUGCUGUAUUUGUACAAUCAAGGAGUGUUUUAGGAAUUACAUGAAAUAUGAAUUUUUUUGAGAUUUUUUUUUAAACUGGCAUCUGAUUUCUAGAAGAAAAGUUUUCUUUAAAACAAUCCAGAAUAUUCUUGGUGCAAAGAUAUCAUGUUAACUAUCCUCACAUUUUUAUCAUAUAUGAGGGAAUUUCAAACAAUUAGUUAUAAGUGAUUUAUUUGAUUGGUGCAGUUCAAAUCCCCAAAUCGUAAUCUUUAAAUCAGGAAUGUGUAGAGAACAAAGCCAUAUUAGGUCACUUUGUUCUUACCCCUUCCUGUGAUCUGCCUCAAGUCAGCCUCAUUGUGUAGUAGAUUUCCUUUCUAUAGAAAACAACAAAAAGCAUGUUGUUUUAUUUGCCUGGGUUCUAAUAUGUUUAAUAAUGACCAAAGUGCAUUCUGAGUUUUUUCAAAGAAUGUAUUACUGGAGCUUUAAGAACAUACUUAUUUUCUCAUGUGAAAAAUUAGGCUUUGUCUGAUAUGUUUCUUCCACUAUUGUCUAAUGUUGACGUUGUUUUUAGGGAUUAUAUUUUAUAAACUUUUUUCAAAAUAAGGUACAUACCUAUACAGAACUGAGCAUUUUGCACAGACUAUAUAUUGAAUAUAUUUUGAGAAAAAAAAAAGUACAGCAUGAGUUCUGUUAGGAAUAAAAGAUGAAACUAUUGUAUCUUAUAAAACUUUAAAAAAACCAACUUAUUUCAGAAUGGAAAUAUUUUUUGAGAAAAAUAACUGAGUAUACUGAUUUAAGAAAAUGUUUUAGAUUGAAAUUAAUUUUAAAGUUGGGGGUUGAUUUAUUUCAUACAGUAUACCUCUCAACAACUUAAUAAUAUGUUGAAUUAUGUUGUAAAAGUGGACAGCAGUAGAAUACUAAAAGUAGUUUGUCAUUUUUAAGUGGUUUCGUUCUAUUAAUGCUAGAACUGUUUUCACAGCAGAUAAAUUGACAUUACUGCCUUUAAGAAUAUCAUGAAUGUAAGAAAUUGUAACAUAUCACAAAAUACAGAAAAGGCAGUUAAAAGAUAGAAUUUGUGGCAGAUGUUUGUGUCUCUUUGCCACGUGUUAUAUUUGAAAGUUUGAAUGGCAAGUAUAAAAUAAAAUAUUCUAUGAUUGA